GAGAAGAAGCUUGCGAGUUUUCCGUGCAUGAACUAGCGCAAACAGCAACAGCAGCCAUACAACAGCCGUCGAUCGAAGUGAAUUAAGCGACAGGAAAACAAGCUACCUAUUUUACAUUGCGCUCAAUCCACUACCAUCUACAGUCAUCUGUGCGUAUUGCGGGCUGCGGAGUAAUAGUGAAGAAUUACCCACGGAAAAGCCGUAGUAAAUGCUGCCAAGCGCAAAACAAUUGUUCGAAGGUGACUUUGGAGCGUUGUGUGCGCACUAGGAUGUCUGUAUGAUCUGCAUGUCGAUCGUAGUGUACAUUGGCGGAGUGUUGCCUAGAGACGGACUUAUAACCACAACGUACAUCAGCUAGCACUGCGCGUCCUAUUCGCCUGGUGGUGCAAUCUUAUUGGAGACUGUUUCAAGUGUACAGCGGAACCCCGUAGGCUCAAGCAAGCAUACCGUUCCUAAGACGGUCGCAUCCUGUUCGGUACGACUGCUUCAUCAAUCCUGUUCUAACCCUGCCAGCAGUACGACGGCAGGAGCCGAAUGCGAAUAACGUUCCUGUUCGAUCUACUAUUUCAGGAGCAUCAUCGGGGGGAAGUUGGUGUUUGUUGGGUUGGUGGUGGUGGAACAAAACAUCGAUCUGCUACCCAGGAUCGACAAUUGUCGGCGGGUGCGCCAAGCGUCCCCUUCUCGAAUUGGUCCCAGUUUAGUGUUCGCACCGGUGUCCCCUACCGUUUCCGGCCUGGAAUCCAAUCAAGAAAACGGUCCUACCCAGGAGGCGGCCAACGGAGGGCACGCGAACGGGCAAUCAUCGUCGGCGUCCUCUUCGUCGUCGGGAAGUGGCACAAUGGUGAAAACGUUCCAAGCCUACCUGCCGCCGACGAAUCGAACGUACUCCUGUGUCCACUGCCGGGCACACCUAGCUAGUCACGAUGAGCUUAUAUCGAAAUCGUUUCAGGGCAGCCAGGGACGAGCGUAUCUGUUCAACUCAGUGGUUAACGUUGCCUGUGGUCAAGCCGAAGAACGUGUCCUACUGACAGGCCUACAUGCUGUGGCCGACAUUUACUGUGAAUGCUGCCGGACACCGCUCGGAUGGAAAUAUGAACAUGCGUUCGAAUCGAGCCAGAAGUACAAGGAGGGCAAAUACAUCAUCGAGCUGGCGCACAUGAUCAAGGAGAAUGGUUGGGAUUGAUUUGCGUCGCCGGUGCGGCGCACCCGAACCAGCAGCAACAGCAGCAGCAGUGGUGGCAGCUCAUCGGCGAUAAACUAACCCAAACAAUCCAACCACGCGCAGAACCGUGCAGAUCACUAAUAACGGAACAUUGGAAAGACCAGAUCGUCUCGUAUUUUUCCGUUGCUUGAGGUUUUCUUUAAUUCUUGUUUUGUCCCCAACUGUGCUCAAAUACCGCCAUUACAGCUGGCUGGAUUCGGCUGGUAAGAGAGACGAGCGAUGGUAAGGAAACGAACUUCUGCCGUCAAGGUAUGCCGGAUCGUUCGCUAGAUUUAUAGCGUUUAGUUAAAUUCCCUUCAAAUGUCCCCGAUUAGAAGUUAAAUUAAGCUAGUUUUGUAAACAGGAUGAGCAAACAUGGAACACUUUCUCGUUUUAUCCCAUCGACAUUUUUCAUCAAGUUGCCCUGUACGUGGGCAGGGAAGAUUGGAAAGUUCGGUAGGAUUUAUAAAAAGUGGUUUCCAGAAAAUUUCUGUCAAUACUGCCCUUGCGUUUUUUGGAAGGUCGGAUAUAACCCCCGUGAUAACCAAUACAACUCCUGCCUUUUUUUUUUGUCUUACGGAAAUAACUUUUAGUUCCGUUUCGUGCGUGUAUGUGCAUGUGCGCCCGCGGAUCGUAUGAUGCGAUGAUGAUGAGCCCCCGGCAAGGGAGCGGAUUUCCUUUUAACUACUAGGAUAAGGUUGGAAUUUGAUUAACAGACGAACAAAUCAUACAGCGAGAUGUAGAGCAAAAAGAGGAAAGAUUGCGUGAGCUUUCGAGGAGAUCAUGUUAAGAAAUGUGCGUAUGCAUGGUAUGUCUGAGAUAUGAGGAGCAAAUGUACGGAAGCGAGAGUGAUAUUAGAUUUAGCUAACACGACACGAGGAAGAUUGGGUGAGAAGCCAGGCAGGGGAGAAAAAGAAAUCAUUAAACAUUUAAAUCCAUUGAACAAAAACUCAUAACAUAUGCGUAGAUCCUUCGUAAUCGUGAUCACAAUCCCCCCACGAUGGCAAGUGGAGGAGGUUGGGAUUAAAGCAUCAUUCGUAUUUUAGUCGAAAUAUACAACAACAACAAAAAUCUAAUCAACACGCGAUUUAAAGGUUAAGGCUUUAGUUUUUUUAAAAAAAGAACAGGUAUAACUCCUUUUAUGCGACACAACAACCGGGUAGCGGGUUUAGCUGUGUGCAAUAAAUGCGACUGGAUGGCAAGGAAUGCAAGAGCGUAUGAUCGUGGUAGAUAAUAAGGACUCAAACACUGUGACAUUUGGUCGUAGACGCAAAGAAGGAGGACGAGUAAAAUCAAAAAACAAGAAAAAAACAAUGCAAACGAACACUUCUCCCCAAAAAUUUGUCACCCAAUGGGUGACGAGUGUGCACUGGUAGAAGAUUAGAAAUCGGAAAGAUGUAAAAACAAGAUAACAAUUAUCAACAACCAAAACCAACACAACUCCAUAGAACUGGACCGAAAAGUUAAAACGCUUUGAGUGAAAGUGCGUGAGAGUGUGCAAGAGAGAUAUGUGUGAAAUGUGUGAGUGAUCCAACUAACCACCGUUUCGGCGUAGUUUUUGGCGGCUUGUGUGCAAUCUAUAAAACCUGUCCCUCCUUUCAAAGAUUCCCCCUUUUGAACAUCCUUAAAACGUUGAAUGUGAUCUAAAUAGUAAUAGGAUUUGUUUGUUUUCUUCGUACGUGUUAGCACGUCAUACGCAGAGAAAUCAAUCGAAAGUAGGAACAAGUGUAAGGUUUAUGAGUAGAAAACGAAACAAACGUAAAAGUGCGGUAAAAGAAGCGAACCAUCCGAGGUGACACUGAACUAAACAAUGCCACAGAAUCUGUCCACAAGAGCAGCUGUAGCUAGUUGUUGAAAGAGAUUCAUCACCAUCAUCAACCAUAAGUUCUACAAUAUCAAAGAACAGUAGUGUAACAGCGAAAUAUUUCUAAUGCAAAAAACGCAAAACGAAAAAGCAAAUCAACAAUAUGGCAUGACUGGAGAAAGAAGCAUGAAAUAGAAGCGGAAACAAACAAACAACUACUGCCAAUAGAACCAAUUCAAUAUACGGGAAGAUGUGUAGCUCAAAAGCAACCACAGUAACAGAAAACACUUGCUAAUCGGAUAUAAACAGCAUAAACGAACAUAAUCGCCUAAACAAUACGACACAUUGUUAUCGUCCUAACGAGGGAGCUGAUCAAUCGAUAUGAUCAUACCCCGGCGUGAUGCGACGCUCGCUGUUAACAAAAUCGUCCCGUGUAGCUUUGUCGGUGGUACUUUUCUUCUUGGAGCGAAAUGAAAACUUGUUCAUUUUUAUGGCGUAGUUA